AUGGAGGCUUUGUCAAUGUUAUCUUCUGCUUUCCGAUUGUUAACUUGGACCUUUAGGCCUUCAAAUCUCAAUUUGGGUCGUGGCGUUCGUGCUAUGAGCGCCGCCGCCGCACCGAGCAGGGUUCCGUGGAUGAUGCUGCCGCCGUCAUUUGAGGGCGGCAGAAUGGUUAAUUACAACUUCUACAGCCUGGGACACGACAAAGUCUUGCACUUUGACGGCAAGACAUCACCGUACGAUAAAUUAGAAACGACCGUAAUCGUUGGAUCCUCACACGGCUGGCUGGCCCUUUUCAACCAGAACAACUCCGACCUGUUCCUGUCGAACCCCCUCACCGGCCGCCACGUCAAACUCCCGCCCGUCCCCGUCAUCGACGGCUUUGCGUGGGUCCACAAGGUGAUAAUCUCCGGUGAAGACCCGGAACAUGAUGAUUGCCGGGCCAUUAUGAUCCACAACAUGGUGGAUAUCCUCGCUUUCUGCUGCCCGGGCGGGGCAAGGUGGACCCGCAUUGGCGCCCACACUUGUCCGCUCAAUCGCGUUCGGGACUACGAGGAUAUCGUGUACUCAAGCUCGGAGAAUCUAUUCUUCUGCCUCACGGAGAUUGACUGCGACGACUUGGAGGCGUGGGAUCUCACAGACCCCACCUCGCCUAGGCUGGUGUGGUGGAACCACAAGGACUUGUUGGGCCCUGAAAACUACAUUGCUUGGUUGGAUGAUGUGAAGAAGAUACGUAGGUCGGAGACCGGCAUUUGGACUAGGGCACUUAGAUACUUGGUGUAUGCAGAGGAUUUGCGGCAGUUGUUUCUUGUCACGCGUCAUUUAGUUGAGCAGAUGGCUCCGGAUGGUUCGUGUGUGGAAGACUUCGAUAGAGACGAUUACCCGUACAAAACGGUGGCUUUUGAUGUGCAUAAGAUCGACCGGGAAGAAGGUGGAGGAGGGAAGCUGAGCUAUGUCGGUGGGUCGUUGGGUGGGCUGUCCAUGUUUGUUGGGCAUAACCACUCGUUCGCGGUGAUGGCUACAAACGGGCUGAAGCCCGAUUCCAUAUACUUCACGGAGGACAGGGUAUUCUGCCCCGGAAAUUCAAAUUUCGGUGAGGAUGAGGAAACUAGAUAUGGGGGGCACGAUAUCGGCAUUUAUGAUUAUGAGAAGAAGACUAUCUCCCCUUGCUAUUACCCGUGCGAAGUCGGGAGCUUGAAAAGGAUUGUGCCCUCACCUAUUUGGUUUACUCCCUCUACACCCUCAUAA